UCUUCUGAGAUGGGAAAUUCUCAGUUUCGAAAUUGUCGCAGAAGUAUUAAAACCAAAUUUUUGUAUCCGUGAUGAGAAGCAGCAUCAACUUUCUACGUCUUCAAAUUACAUCUAUGGCACUUAUUAUUUUAUCAAUAUCAGCAUCUGCUCAGAUUACAGAAGUAAAAACUUUGCCAUCGUUUGAAUGUUUAGUUUCAUAUGCUAAGCUACAAGGAAUUAAAGAUAUUAAUACACCGGUGCUGAAUGAAGAUAUUAAAUACGAUAGUACAAUGCCUGAAUGUACAACAGCAAGACAGAAUUUAAUCAGUCGUGUUCGUACCGAAAUUCGAUCGAGAAUUAAUGAGGUGGAAAUUUUGCCAAGAUAUUCAAACUGUAUUUACGAGAAAUUAACAGGAACUGAAUCAUUUGUGCAUUCAGUCAUAAAAGCCGCAAUUUUUGAGCAUUUUGAUGAGAAUAAUAAUUCAAUAAAUCGAACGAUUUCAAGCAUUUUGAAGGAAAUUAACAAUUCAAUACAGAUAUGCAGGCAAGAAGAUGAGGUUGGUAAUGAGUUUGAUACGAUAUUCAACUCAACAUUUGAUGGAACUAGAAAUUUAACGAAGCAUGAAGAGUAUUGCAUAAAAAAGUAUCUAAUCAAGAAUAAUCUGAUCGAUAUUUACACCUACGAUAUUGACCCAAAUCCACAUAAUAUUAAUGUGACGGGACUUAACUGUGAGGAAAUGAUACGAAAAUCAAAUGAAGAAGUUUACGAUCAAUUAAGUACAGUUUACUUCCAAAAACCAAACCUUUCGAAUGAUGAGAAGGUUGAAUGUGCUGUAGAAAAGUUUCGUGAAGCAGACUAUUUUGAUUUAGUGAUGAAAAUUAACGCAUUGUCAACACUUAAUAUCACAUCAGAACAAAAGAUUAUCGAACGAGAGAAUUUUAUUCAAAUUUUUUCAAACAUAACAUCCAAAAUUGCUACGUGCUGAAAUAAAGAAGUCAUUAAAAGUCAAUCAAAUGAUCG